AUGUCCUCCCCGCCCUGGGAUUAUAUCGCGAAGCUCGUCUGCAUCGGCGACUCAGGAUGCGGUAAAUCAAGUCUCACCAUCCGCCUCUGCGAGGGCCGCUUCUCUCCUCACCACGACGUAACCAUCGGCGUCGAGUUCGGCUCCCGCAUUGUCCCCGUCGGCCCGCCGCAUUCCCAACCACCACCUCCCGCGGCUGCGCCUCUCCCUUCCUCCGCCAACCCGCCCGAAAAAGCCGCCGCAAAACCGAACGGGCUCCCCGACCCGCCACGGGUGCCAGAACCAACGGGCCCGCCGCCGCGGCAAAAACACAUGAAGCUCUCCCUCUGGGACACCGCCGGCCAGGAGACAUACAAGUCCGUGACGCGCUCCUACUUCCGCGGCGCCUCGGGCGCCCUCCUCGUCUUCGACCUCACCCGCAAGCAGACAUUCCAGCAUGUAACCGACUGGCUCAACGACCUCCGCCAGAUCGCCGAACCCGACAUUGUCGUCGUCCUCGUGGGCAACAAGGCCGACCUCGCCCAACUGAAAUCCUCCACCACCGACGCCGAUGGCGCAACCGUAAACCGCCGCGAAGUCACCCGCGCCGAGGCCGAGGCCUGGGCCCGCCAGAACGGCAUCCUCGAGUACGUCGAGACGAGCGCCAAAAGCGGCGAGAACGUCGAGAGCGCAUUCACGCGCGUGGCCGAGCGUAUAUAUCAGAACAUCCAGGCGGGGAAAUACGACCUCAACGAUCGUCGGUCUGGUGUCAAGGGACCGGGGGCCGGCGGUAGCCGCCAGGUCCGCCUCGGGUCUAAUAAGGCGAAAGCUUCCGGAGGCGGGUGCUGUUAG